GCCGGAUCAUUGGAAGCGUUGAACGAGACCGGUCGCUUCGGAAGCGAAGAAGUGAGCCAUGGCGGAGAUCGAAGCGUCGCAAGCGUUGAUCGCAAAGCGGCGCCUCAAGUUUCGUUUCAUGAAGCACGACGCAUGGGAGAACGCCCUCUUCGUGCACUGGCCCGUUCCUGCGCCGCACCUUGCGGAACUGCUUCCGAGGGGCCUGGAGCCGGACAUCAUGGACGGCUCUGCCUGGGUGGGCCUCGUGCUGCUGACAGAGCGCGGGGUCUCCUCGCAACUCGGCCGCUGCCUGCCGCCCAUCGACCACCUGGGCGCCAACGUGCGCACCUACGUGCGGCACAACGGGGUGCCGGGCAUCUUCUUUUGGUCCUUAGAGUGCUCCAGCGUGCUGGCCUCCCUGGGGGCGCGCCUGGCGGGCAUCCCCUACUUCCCGGCCAGCAUGUCCCGCAGCGUGGACAUGGAGCCCUUCAAGCAACAAGUGGAACAAGUGGAAGUGGGCAAGCCAGGCUUCACCUUCGAGUUCUCCUCCCGGCGCUCCGGGCUCUUCCGCCACCCCACGGUCACCGCCCGCUGGCGUCUGCCGGGAGCCGAAGGGUUCGACGCCGGCGGAGAAGACGAGGAGGAGUUCAAGCGGCAGGCCGCGUGGUUCGUGGAGAGGUACUCCGUGUAUGCUGCCUGGCCUUGGGGUAAAGGCCCCUUGCUCUUGCGGGGAGAUGUGCAGCACCCGGCGUGGCCGGUGCAGCGGGCGGCGCUGGAGGCUCUGGACGCCCAGCCGCUGCUGCAGGCAGCUGGUUUGGAGAUCGGCUGAGCUCCAAGGACCUGGGCACCCAUUGACGUGCCGCCUGAGAACUGAAGGGGGCUGGUUUUUCGAACGCCAUUGCGGGAAAUGAGCUGCGGAGUCUCCA